UAUGCUAAGAAAAUUUGCAGUAAUUAUUUAUCAAUAAUAUUAUAAAGGGUGUAAUGUUUGAUAAAUUAGUUUCUAAUUCUAAAAAAUAUAAAGGAUCACUUUGGGAACAAAAAAAAAAUGAAAGUUCAGAAUUUUAUGAUUGGUUAAAUUAAAAAUUUAUGUAAUAUGAAGAUAAAUUGAAAAAAUGA